CUCAAAAUAUGAACAAUUAUUCACAUAGUAAUUUGAACCUAUUAUCUACAGAGUUAUCUCAAUGGAUUUAUGAAAAACUUAAUAUACAAGAAGACAUAAACGAAAUAUAUAUUGCUACAUCAGAAAUUUUAUGUGAAAGACAAAAGUUGUGGGAUACUUCUAGAGAUAUACUAAAUCAAAUUGGUUUAGAAAACUGUAACCGAAAAUACCAAACAAGCUUUGAUUACUUAGCUACUAUACGAUCAAUGGGUCGAAUAAACCAAGGAAAUCAGCCCUCUGGUAAUUUAAGACAAUCCCGUGCAUUUCCUUAUUUGAAGCGUAUUAAUAUUGAUGUUGACGAUGAUAAAUUAAAACAACUAUGUGAUUCACUCUGUAUAAAUAAUAAAGAUAAUAAAUCUAAUGAAGUGUUAGAUCAGUUUUAAUGUCUUCAUUUGCAUAUAUGAGUAAAAUUUUACCAAAUUGUAUAAGUUAAUUUAAUAUUGUAAAUUAUUAAUAUUUUAUUUGUAUUUUUUAAAUAAACGUACGUACCACUUCCAGA